AUGCCAGAUUCUAAGGAAACUCAAGGAAAUUACUCGCUGUAUCCUGCCUCACCGGUGCCCCCCGGAAACCAAAUUCCACCAGGAGCUGCAGCCGCAGCAGCUGCGAACUCAUACUUAUAUUCAAAUCCUUAUCAUUCUCAAUAUAACUAUGCUUAUCCUAUGGGUAUAGAAUUAUAUCCUUCUCAAACCCUACAAUAUGUGGGAUAUCAUCAACCUGCAAUGGCAUAUGGAGGCUACGGAGGGCCAGCUCAAGGUGCUGUACCCAUGAAGAAGAAAUUUUAUAAUGGAGGUAAUAACUAUAAGAAGGAUAAUCAGUCAAAUAAUAUUGGCGGAAGUAACUCUGUAGGCGGGACUGGUGCGCAUAACGGAACUACUACUUCUCCUGACAACAGUAAACCAGUGCAAGUUACUAUUAAGAAUUUAUUCAAGUUUGAGCUAGGUAACAGCAACUGCGUUCAUGUUGAUGGGUUAAAGGUUGAGUACCCUAUGUUUGUGAAUACUAACGCUGAAGAAUAUGCCAUGGCAAAGAGUAAGAGGAAUGCGAUGAGAAUGGAAGCUUUAAGAGACAUGCAUACUAGCGAGAAUAAAAAAACUAGUGAAAGUAAUACAGCAACUGCUUCUCUUGAACCAAGUACUCUUGAAAAUACUUCACAAAGGCCUACCGAAGAAGAGGACAUUACACCAAUUGUAGGCAAAGAUUCAUCUGACAAUAAACCAAGCACCAAGGAGCAUAAAUCUCCAAAUUUCAAUAAGGAUACUGAGGGUUCUCCAGUUGCAACGAAAGCAUCUCAAAGUAAAGACGAACAGCAAACUAUGGUUAAAAGAAAGGACGAUAGCAGUGCGAAGGUUAGUGAAAAAAAGCCCGAAGUACCAGUUAAACCAAUUAAGUCAUGGUCACAGAUAGCUUCUAGUGCUAUGAACAAGAGCAAGUCUCCAGCGGCAUUACCAGCAACUCAAUCUAGGAAGGAUCGGAAAUAUAUUCCUUCCUCUACUAAGAGCAGCGAAUCAGUUGGUGCAGUGUCUUUACGGAUUUCCCUUGAUAAAGAUUACACUAAUUUUAUUAACGAGAAUGCAAAUGAAUCUUCUAGGGCCAUUAACAGUAUUGUACCAAGGGGUAUUUUAAACAAAGGAAAUAUAUGUUUCAUGUCUUCAGUCUUGCAAGUGUUACUAUUUUGUAAGCCUUUUAUCAAGAUGCUAAAUGUAGUACAUAUGAGAACAAGUCAUAAGGCUGGCGAGAACUUACCACCUUUGUUAGAAGCAUGUAUUGAAUUUUUCAAAGGCUUCGAUAAGAACGCAUUUGAGAAAGAAAAGAGUGAGAAACAAGCUUCGCUUGGCAAUGGGAACAAAUCCUUGAAAAACGCAGCUCAAGUAUCCCUUUCUGAGUCUGUUGACCCUGAACCAUUUUAUAAAAGCAUUUCAAAACUAGCUCUGUUUAGGGAUCUUCAAUGGGGACACCAGGAAGAUGCAGAAGAGUUUUUAACGCAUUUCUUGGAUCAACUACAUGAAGAAUUUGUUUCUACCAUUAACAGCUUAUCUUCGAGUGAGGUGCUUUCCUUGCUUCAAAGUAUCCCAGAUGAGGACUUAAGGGUUGAGUUCAUAAAAUCUUUAACAAAGUACAAGAGGUCAGAAUUUAUGAAAAAUAUUUCUCCAGAAUUGAAAUCUUUAAUUGAGAAGCAAGGCAACGGUUUAGACGAUGACCUUGACAAUUCAGACUCAAACGCUGAAUGGCAUGAAGUUAGUAAGAAGGGUAAAAAGACUAAGAACGCCGUGAAGAGAACUAUGGAAGUUGAGCCAUCUCCAAUUAUGUCCAUAUUUGGUGGAGAAUAUAGAUCAGUCCUUGAUAUACCUCAAAACAAGGAAUCACAGUCAAUAACAUUGGAUCCAUUUUAUACAUUGCAUCUACACAUUUCUGACCCUGAAGUUAACGAUUUAGUGUCAGCUUACAGAAAGUUUAGUGAUUUCGAAUACUUACCCUAUAAAGCAGACUCGGGCAACGAUGUGCAGGCCAAAAAGCAAGCUUUCAUUGACAGACUACCAAGUGUAUUACUAAUACAACUGAAGAGGUUUGAGUUUGUUAACCACGAUUCUGAAAGCCGAGAACUCGCGAAUUACAAUGCUUACAAUGGACGUAUUGAGAAAAUACGGAAGUGGAUUAAGUACGGUCAUGAGUUGACAAUCCCACGUGAAGCUAUUUCAUCAGUCAGUGCUAAAUUCUACUCAUCUGAUAAAGAUACAAAGUAUAAAUUAACUGGUGUUGUAUAUCAUCACGGCUUGUCAUCCAGUGGUGGACACUAUACUGCGGAUGUUCUACACCAGGAUCAAGAUAAAUGGUAUAGAAUUGAUGAUGUUAAUGUCACUGAGAUUAAGAAGGAGGAUGUGGUAAAGGGUGGAGAUGCUGAUUCUGAUUCGAAAACAGCUUACAUUUUGUUGUACCAAAAGGAGUAA